GAGGGGGACGAAGCCGCUUCUGCUGAGCUGCAGCCUAAGGCUAAGGGAAGCGGGUGGCGUGGGAGUGGAGCCUCGGACCCCGAGCAGCCAUGGAGGCGGGGCUGCUCUUCCAAUUCUGCAACUGGAGCACGCUGGUGGUGUGCAUGGUCAUCAAGUUCCCGCAGAUCUUCGCCCUGCUUUCCGCUAAGAGCUCGCAGGGUGUCAGCCUGAAAAGUUUGCUCCUGGAGCUGGUUGGAUUCCUUGUGUUUUUACGGUACCAGAGUUAUUACAGCUACCCUCUGCUGACCUACCUGGAGUACCCAAUCCUCAUUGCACAAGAUGUUGUCCUCUUGCUAUGUAUUUUUCACUAUAAUGGAAGCAUGAAGCAGGCCAUCCCAUAUGUUGUCAUAUUUCUGGGUGGAUGGUACCUCUUGACUCUUCAAAAGUGGAUAAUAGACCUGGCAAUGAAUUUGUGCACCUUCAUUAGCGCUGCCAGCAAGUUUGCCCAGCUCCAAUACUUGUGGGAGGUGAAGGAUUCUGGUGCAGUGAGUGCCCUGACCUGGAGCAUGUCUGCAUAUACUUGUGCAACAAGAGUAAUAACAACUUUAAUGACCACACAGGAUCUUAUGGUUCUUGUCCGUUUCCUGAUCAUGCUGGCUUUAAACAUAUGGGUAACAGCUACAGUACUUCGCUAUAGGAAAAAAACUACAAAGGAUGAAUAACAGAGCAUCCCCAGGAUGAAAAAUAACUCAAACUGGACCAAAAGAGAAUUAACUUAUUUUCUUCAACAUGACUGAAGCAAGGCCAUUUGGAUAUUAAAAUCAGUAUGAUAAUGGAAGUGUGGCAACCUUACUGUCUAAAUACAUUUUUCAAACUUUCAGCUUAAAGUUAGAAAGUAUGUGCUGUUCCCAUUUUUCCUGUGGGACAAGAGAUUUGAACAGGGUGAGCUAGAGUUGUAUCCCAGAGAUUCCAUUGUUAAGAGCCAGAAGGGAUCUUAUUGGUCAUUUAGUCCAAAUUUGUCCUUUUACAGAGAAACUAAAGCACAGAGGAAACAAAAAGUCACUUAAGAUAGUGACUUGACACCCUGGCCAGUGUUCUUUCCAUCACACAGUACUUUAGCCUCAAGGUGUUUGUUAUUAAAAAUCUCACUGUGCCUUGGUCAUUUCCUAAAGGAUGAUGAAAUUAUACUUGCAAUUACAUGAGGCAAUUCCACUAUGGUGCCUGGUUUCAUAUUUGAAGGAACACUUACACAAUUAUCUUCACUGGGUUUUGAAACUAAUGUAGGUGGGCAAGACCAGUUUUUGUUUUUGAAAACAAAUACACGUUCGUAAGAUUUAGGCAGAAGGGAUCUUUUUAUGACCUAGAAAAGGGCACUGAUAAAGAACUGAUAAGGAAUUUAUUGAUCCCAUAGUUUGAAUAAGCUCAGGGAAGUAUAAAUGACUGGCCCAAGAGGUACAAUCAGUAUUAAAAUACAGGUCAUACUGAAUCACAGGGGGUUAAUGACUGGUUCAAGGAUUUUGAACAUGAGCUUUCUAUUAUAUCUACGGCUGCCAUUUUGGCUUAAUUCCCAUAUAGUAUGUGUGUGUGUGUGUAUAUACACACACACUAUACACACACCUUUCCUUCUUAUUUGACCCUAUAAUUAAGUAAAAUAGGUGGGAAUGAAGCAUGAACUUUUCUGAUUGCUUUUAACUGCUUGUUUGCAUGCAAAUUUGGAUUAAAAAAGGUUUAAAUUUGAUUAGCAGGUAAAAUAAACAUUCAUACUUUGAACAUUA